UCUCUGCUCAGCUCCAUGGAGAAGCUCCUGCACCUCACCUUGGUCUUCCUGUCAGUGUCCUGUGCUGCGGAGAACGUCACCGUGGUGGUCGCCAUGGAGGGGGACACCAUUUCUGUCAACUGCUCCUACGACCCGCGGCAGUGGUGGCGGGAGAAGAGCUGGUGCCGGCAGCUGGACCAGAGCCGGUGCCAGCACGUGGUGAGCGCCCCGCCCGUGUGGCUGCCCUUGCCCAGGAACAGGAGAGGCAGCACCUCCAUCAGGGACGACGCCCGCGCCGGGCUCCUGACGGUACCCCUGAGGCACCUCCGCAAGGAGGACGCGGGGGCUUUGUACCAGUGCAGAACGGAUUCGGGACAAACAAAGAGCCUGAGGAAGGUGCGGGUGGAACAGUGCUGGCAGGUACCAGCUGACCUGGUGACCCACGUGCCAGAGGAGCCCAGAGCUGUGCAGAGCAUCUCCAGGUCUCCUCCUGAUGUGGAUUUCACUGUUUUCUACAUCCUCGCUGGAUUCCUGGUGGCCAAGUUCCUGGUGGCUGUGCUGGUUUGUGGUGUUGCCCUCAGCAGGAAGAACAGGGACAGAGGGCAGAACCCAGGCCUGGGUGAGCAGCAGGUGCUCCCGUUCCCUGCUGACCUUGGACAUGAUGGAAUCGGCCUCUCCUGGGAGAGCUCUGCGUGAGCCAAGCCUAAGGGAAUCCAUGGAAAAGGAAAAUCAGCCGUUUGCCGCCUGCCAUAAGAAAAGGAUCGCUACUAAACACAGGUCUGGAAGAACCUGUCACUCUGGAGAGGGAACAUUCCCAUCUUCUGCAUCACCUCUUCCCCUUGGCACCUGAUCCCCAGGCAGUUAUUCCAGACAUUAUUCCCGGGACCACUCCAUCACAGUCUGAACUUGCACCCAUCAAAUUCCUGUCACCUCAGGGUACAGCCAGGUGACAGAUUCUGCCUCUCCAAGGUGAGGAAGAGCAGCUCCCAAAAGCUGCUUUGGACAGUGGGGAUGCUUGGAGAAAAUCCCUGUGGAAAGGCGUAAGGAACUGCAGGACAUGCCAGGAAAGGGAUGUGGUCUUCUUGCAGCUCUGAGCCAGCUUCUUCCUCUCUGGAGGGACUUUGUGAGCACAGGAAGUGCCUCUCUGUUGUUCUCCCUGUGUUUUCUCUCCCAUGUGAUGGUUGCUCAUCCCUCCCCACUGUGAGGCUGCACUCAGCUCUCCCAGGCUCCAAACCCAUGGGCACUCACAUUUCUUUCUCCCUGCAAAACUAAAUAAACCCCAGCUGAUUCUCUGGCUUGGUGUGGAUUCCUGCAGGACGCCAGGUCACAGCCGUGUCCCAGAGCAGAGGUGGUGCUUGGGACACCCGGGAGUGUUCAGAACAUCCAGGAACACUCAGAACCAGCGAGACAGGCUGGAACAUCCAGAGCCAGCUCCGUGCAGGAACAGCAGCUCAGAGCCCAACCCAUCACUGCCCACAGGAGCAAUGACUGAAAUUUGCUUAUUUUAAUUACCCUUCUGGGUUCUCAUUUUUAGAGUAGUUCUCUGUUUUGUCCAGAAAUUGAAGUCCAUGGUGAGACAUCUGGCAACCUUUGUCCUCCUGCCACUGUGAGGUUCUCAAUCUUAAAUCAGCAACUUUUGGGGAAGAAAAUCUGUGUUUGCUGCUCUCUCCUGGUCCAGACAGGCGACCUGCUGUCUGACUGCAUCCACAGAGAGGAAUCUGCCAUCUGAAAUAAAAUGCCUCCAAGGAAACACAAAGAAAUCAAUCAAUAAUUUACUGAUUACCAUCAAAAACAAUGAAUGUACUUUGGUAGGAUUUUAUUAAUCAAAACCAAAUGGGUUUGGGACAGAAAUAUUUCAGGGGCUGGUUCUGUCCUUCUCUUCCCCGUUCCCUCGGUGCUGACGUUGGCUCUGUUCCUGUGCUGGGUGACCCAGACACACCACAGGCAUUGUUUUUUCCUGUUUUCCCCCAAAAUGAAUCACGGCUCGAGGUUCAUCA